UCAAUUCAGACUGAGUUGAGCUUCCGAACGGAGGUUCUGGUGUUGCUGGCAGGCCCCAAGGCUCCGGAGUGAGUUCGAGGACGAAAGCGAAAAAAAAGUCAGCCAAGAGAGAGGAAGGAUUUUACGAAUUUUUCGCCGUCACAUAUCGAACGCCUGAAUUUAGGAUACUAAAUUGUGGUUUUUCGCGAACGGGGCGCCGCGAAUCGAUGGACGGAUUAGGGCCGAGGACAAUGGAACCGUGACUCGCGAAGGAAGAAACGGGUACACACAAUGAACGUAGUGAAAAAUGUUCUCCACUCCCAGCAGCCCCAUUGCUGGGGUGUGUUUAUUUUAGCGAGCUCAGCCAUUUUGGAAAAUGAUAUAGUUUUUUUGAUUUAGUGAAAAUCUGCGUGAGCUAUUAGGAAAAUUUUAGUCAAUGGUGUAAUUAGGUGUGUAAUUAGGCUAAACGAAAUUUUGCGCUGGUGUUUAAGUAGAGAAAUUUGCUGGAAAAAAGCAGGAUGAGCCGAAGUCGUCGUUCGUCGUUCGGGCAUAGCCACUAUCAGCAACAAUUCACUGUCACCUCGACUAUCAAUUACGGCGAUGGGCUGUGCGAUAACGGGGCCAGUGUUCCGCAGAACGGGGCCCCGUCGCCGUCACGGUUCAGCGAGUCGUCCUACUCGAACCUGGGGACGCGAUUGACGGCCUUUGUGUCCCCACCCAGCGGUGGCGAGUGCUAUCGAAAUGAGGAAAAUCUACGACCGUGCUGUGUUGCAGCAACUCCUACCGCCCCAUCGUCGUCGUCGUCGGUAGCGCCACCACCGUCAAGCGAUCGAUAUUCCUCCACUAGCUCAGCUCCCACGUCUAUUAUCGGUUAUCCUGAUAACAGAAAUGCACCUCAUCACCGAUCGAUGUCGCCCAGUUCCCGGACCCGCUACCCGGUUCCCGAAAGGUUUCGUGACCCUCCGCCAGCACCGAAAACCGAUCAGUACGGAAACUAUCUGAUCAACAAUCCUCCCCCGUUGAUGACCAACUCCGAGAGCUACAGCUAUCUCACCUCAACUGUACAUACACCCGUGAAGCGCUACAUCCCGACGCCGCCACCACCGGAGAACUACCACCAGCAGGACAUGGGCCUGGGACCAACGCUGAUGGCCGGCCUAAUCGCGUCCAAGGGCGGUAUCAACAUCAUCAACCAGUCGACAACGCGAACUCCCGUCGUCAGCACCCUGCCCUACAGACUUAAGGUAGAACCCAAACCAUCCCAAGUUCAGCACUUGACCGCCGAAGACGCCACAGACCAUUACGCCACACCACCUCGGGCAAGACCCGUCAAAUGCCAACAGCCACUGUGCACCUUUGCUCAAUCGGCAACGCUCGGGCGACAACCGCGUCAACUCUGUCCCGGCACCCAGGAGUACUCCCUGCUACGCACACCCACACCCGUAAGUAUCAUGAGCGAACCGAUGAACGCCGCCAAUCCUACCGACGAAGACAACUGCUACCACUGUAGCAGCUUACGUAGAGCCACCGGAGUCCACCAAACCACCCAAACAUCCGGACCGAUCAGCCCCCAACCACUCUCGAUCUCCUCCGUCUCCAUGUCCGAGAUGGAACGUCAGUCUCCGCUGAGCCCACCGUCUAUCGUGUCGCACACUUCCUACUCCCACAACCACCACCCGCUGGUCACCGGAGACGAAGUCGCCCGCAACGCUUCCUCCCUGAUCAUCUCCCAAUCGCACACGCUCAACAGCUCCUGUAGCAACCCCUCCAUCAUUAUCCAGUACCAGCAGCAGCACAUCCAGCACCAACAGAUCCAACAGCAGCCUCUCUACCAACAGCUCCAACAACUGCAGCAACAACACGCGCAACAACAACUCCCGCUCCAGCAAAUCGUCACUCCACGUCUCCAACCGGACUCAACGCCAUCAACGCUGCAACGCAACACCCAGAUGCUCCGCACUCGUCUAUCGCACAAGCAACGCAUCAAAGAGUACCUCCGCCGUAGCACGUCUCAAUUCUUCGGCGUUGACCUGCUCAACGAAGACUACGAGCAGCAAAAGUGGGAAGAUCGCCAGAAACGACUCGCCAUCCGUCGUUUCGGCCCGCUCAAGGAGGAAGCCGUCGUCCACAGGGUGCAUGAAGUGCACGCAGACGUCCUGAACGAACACAACGACCGUCCGGACGUCCUCCCAGCGCAAAGCCAAGACGAACCAGAAACCGAACAAAACCGCCGUCAGCGAUUCAACCCGUACUAUCGCCACGACGGCAACGAUGGCUUCCAGGUCGAGCGGAAACCAUCCGUGUCCCAAAUGGUCGCCAACGGCUUCGUCUUCGUCGUACAAAGUCUCCGCAAUCGGAUCCCUCGCCGACACAACCAGUGGUCGCGCAGCUUUGCCCCGGCUCACGUUGCGCUCAACAACGACGACAACGAUCUGUGCGACGGGUUAACCCCCAUCCAUGAUGACGAGCUGUUCUUCGACAUCCCAACGAUCGCGAACCAGCAGCAGCAGGUGCAAGAGCACGAACUGGGCGCGGACAACUCGCGACAAAUCUACAUGGUAGACCCGAAUCGGGCCACGAUCAGCAACGGGUGGCGCACUCGCUCGGCGGAAAUUCAGCAGCAACGGGGAGGUCGCCCGAGAAACCCACUCUACCAGUACUACGGCCAGCGAAUUACGGCGCACAUACUGGACAGCGUGCUGGACAACGCUCGGAGGCCGUCGAACCAUACCAUAAAGCUGCUGCGGCCAAACACGUUGGACGAUCGGUACGAUUACAGGCCGUUCUUUACGUACUGGGUGAAUACGACGCAGGUGUUGGUGUUGCUGCUGACGCUGCUGUGCUACGGAAUUGGACCGAUCGGGAUCGGGUACGAGCAGAAGACGAGCCAGGUGUUGGUGACGAGCUUGAGCUUACAAACGGUGCACUACUACGACCAGCGCAACAUCUGGAUCGGGCCCCGACGGGACGAUCUGGUCCACGUGGGGGCCAAAUAUGCCCCCUGUAUGCGCCGCGACACCCGGAUAAUGGACACCAUAACGAAAACGCGCAAACAGGAACGCGAAACGGCCUGCUGUAUACGAAAUGACGACUCCGGCUGUGUUCAAAGCUCGCAGGCGGACUGCUCCGUGCGGGGACUGUGGCCUACUACCAUUUCAACGUGGAAGAAGUGGUCCCCCGGGGAUUCCGGUCCAGGAGGACGGAUAUCGGGUAGCGUUUGUGGAUUGGAUCCCAAGUACUGCGAGGCACCGGCUUCGAUAGCUCCGCACGAGUGGCCCGACGAUAUCACCAAGUGGCCAAUCUGUCGGAAGAACAACCAGGGUUCGCAAAAGUUCCGCUUCAAGGACCAAACGGCGGAGCACAUGGUUUGCGAGGUGAUUGGCCAUCCGUGCUGCGUGGGGAUCUCCGGAGAGUGUCGGAUCACCACCCGGGAGUAUUGUGAUUUCGUGCGAGGAUACUUCCACGAGGAGGCCUCGCUGUGUUCACAGGUUUCUUGCUUGAACGAUGUGUGCGGAAUGUUUCCGUUCAUCGCCACGGACGUUGCGGAUCAGUUCUACCGGCUGUUUACGUCGCUGUACCUGCAUGCCGGCAUCGUGCACAUUGUGCUGACCUUUGCCUUUCAGCACUUUCUCCUGGCGGAUCUGGAGCGGCUGCUGGGAUCGCUACGGACGGCCAUCCUGUACAUCGGGUCGGGCAUCGCGGGCAACCUGGCCAGCGCCAUAUUCGUACCAUACCGACCGGAGGUCGGUCCACUGCCAUCGCUAGCGGGCACGCUAUCCUCGCUGCUAACCCUGCUGGUCCUGUGCCACUGGCGCAAUCUAAAGCGUCCCCAUCUGGCCCUGCUCAAGCUGCUUGUCGUGGGCGUCCUGGUGUUCGGCAUGGGCACCCUGCCCUGGCAGCAAAACUUUACCGGCCUAGUGUCCGGGCUGAUCUUCGGCGUCACGUUCACGCUAGCGCUCACGCCAUUCGUCACCGUGAGGAAACACAGUCGAAAACGAAAGAUCAACCUAAUCUGGACCUGCUUCGUGCUUCAUUUCGUGCUGUACGCUUUUAUGUUCCUGGCCUUUUACCUGUUUGCGGCGCCAUUUUCGCUCAACUUUGUAGAUGGCAACCAGAUCGCCAGCGUCAACGACAACGGCAUCCUGCACGAUCACUUUGGUCCGUACGAUACGUUGCACUUUUACAACGGAAGGGUCGGCGAUAGUUCCAGCGGUGGGCCGGCGUCUUCCGGGGGAGGUGGCUCGAGCGGCGGAGGAGGUCAACUCAACGGACACAGGGAAUACGACCGCGGAGGAGGAGGAGGAUCCGGUCGAGGUGGUGGCGGUGCUAUCAGUAUGUCGCGUGGGACGGUUAAAAAUAUUAAUCCGAAAUACAAUAAUAUUCAUAGCAGCAGCAGCAGCAGCAGUAGCAACGCUAAUCAUAACACUAAAACCAAUAGCCAUACUAGUCAUAACAGCAAGGUAGCUAUAUGUGAGAAGGGACAGUGCAAUCCGCGUCCGAACGCAUGACGUCGUCGAAGUGUUUUAUAGGUUCUCCAAUCAUUGCUGUUGCAGCAGCAGAAGCAGCAGUUGGUUUACGUUUACGUUCUUCUUUUCAUUCACGGUCACGGAUUAUUGUAAACGUUACACGAUAACGAAUAUAUACUGAUAUACUAUAUAUACUAAAGUGAAAAAAUAAAAAGAACGCAGGUAAACAGACAAAAAAAGAUCAUGUACACGUCAAGA